ACCCGGUCAUUAUUUCAGAGAGCGCGUGAAUGUAGGGGCACAUCAGCGCGCGCUCCCACGGAGCACACUCGCAGCCUCAGCAAGCCGCUCUUGCAACAUGUUAAUGAGGAGAGGAUAUAAGAGGAGCAACCGCUAAACAUCUCGUUUUUACGGGUACUGAUGUGCUGUUGCGCCCCCUUUCAGUGCCUCCUGUAGUGCAUCAUGGGAAAACACCCAACAUUCCUACUGCUGCUUCUACAGAUGCUCACCACUGAGUUGUGUCAGGCCGAGGAUGUUAUAGCGACGACUAUGAUACCAAAGGAGGAAGUGACUGAUAUCCCAAUAUCCCCUACUGCUCUGAGGGUGUCGAGGGAACAGAUCUUGGCAGCUCAGUUUGAGUGUUACCUCAAAAUACUGCACGACCCACCACACACAGAUCCAGGGCCGUACUGUAACCGCACGUGGGACGGCUGGCUGUGCUGGGGAGACUCGGCUCCGGGAACCGCCAUGCAGGACUGUCCUACUUAUUUCCAAGACUUUGACCCAGCAGAGAAAGUAACCAAAGUGUGUAACCCAGAUGGACAGUGGUUCCGACAUCCUGACAGCAACCGACUGUGGUCCAACUACACCCUGUGCUCAGCCUACACCAAAGGAAAAGUCACGGUUGCAUUCACCAUGUAUUAUCUGGCAGUGCUGGGUCACACGCUGUCUGUGGUCUCCCUGCUUAUAUCCAUUUUCAUCUUCUCAUAUUUCAAGUGUCUAAGCUGCCAGAGGAUCUCUCUCCAUAAGAACAUGUUCCUGUCCUUCAUCUUCAACUCCAUUCUCAUGGUCAUCUGGUUAACGAUGAUCUUCCACGAUGAGCAGCUGGCUUCCACCAACCAAAUUGGCUGUAAGAUCUUGUCCAGUCUGAUUCAUUAUGCAUCAUGCUCGACGUACUUCUGGAUGCUGUGUGAGGGGAUCUACUUGCACACACUUAUCAUCGUGGCUGUGUUUGUGGGAGAACAGCAGCUGGGCUGGUAUUACCUGCUGGGCUGGGGAUUCCCAAUUAUUCCAGCUGUCAUUCACGCUGUGGCCCGUCUGUACUUCUAUGAUGACAAUUGCUGGAUAAGCAACUCUGACCUGCUCUACAUCGUCCAUGGCCCAAUCCACGUUGCCCUGUUGGUGAACCUCUUCUUCCUGUUGAACAUAGUGCGUGUUCUGAUCACAAAGCUGAAAGAGACCCACAGGACCGAAUCCAAUGCCUACAUGAAGGCUGUGCGUGCCACCCUCAUCCUGGUGCCCCUGAUGGGCGCUCACUUCAUCCUGGUGCCCCUGCAGCCCGAGGGCAGACUGCCCUUGGCCGUCUAUGAGUUCUUCAUGAAUGUCUUCAUGCAUUUUCAGGGCCUCCUGGUUGCCAUCAUCUUAUGUUUUGGAAAUGGAGAGGUGCACUCAGCUAUAAGGCGUAAGCUUGCCCAGUACCGGGUCCAAUGCCGGCAGCGCCUGGUGACGACUGACUCUCACUCUCAGAACUAUCACACCAACUCCUCGAUCGGUGAGACCAGCCGAAUGACCCUGAGUCUGGAACAUGCGCCACCCCAGGUGGAUGAGGACAAAAUACACACAGCCAUGUUCGUCCUCAAUGGCCAGAGCAACGGCAAGCGCAGUUUCAGUGAGGAAGAUCACAAAGUCAAAGUCCUGGGGUCGUCAAUGAUCUGACACUAAAAGGGAAAGAGACUUCUUUAAAUCUUCGAUACUAAGCUCUUUUAAAGAAACAUGUCACCCUGAAUGUGAACAGUGGUCAAAAAUGAAAAAAAGGUGGUUAGUAUAAUUUGCUUUAUGCUAACUGAUCCAAAUUUUUAUUUAACGGGCGUCCUUCGUUCAUCUAUUUCACAACACUGUAAGAAAGGAAAGUGAAUGUUUAAAGCAGCGACUAAAAGUCUGGCAGAGCUCCAGAGUGAUGUCUAAAAUUUUGCCCUUUUCGUCGGGAGAUCACGAGUUUGAAUGUCGAAGAUGCCAUAGCAGUCUGGGAACCCAAGCGAGAGUUGAACUUUGGGUGGGAAAGUUAGUUUUUUUUUUCCUUUCUGUCAUUUAGUGCGACUCUAGCCAAUCAGAAUAGGACAUUUAGCACCCUCCUCAACAUGUGAAGCAGUUUAGGAAGAAGCAUGUAACCUUUAUCAGGGGUGGACAAAUCAGUAGAACAAAGCUUUUUAUUCCUAGUUGCCCCACAGACAAGUAGAGAUAAAGAAAAGCAAUCUGUGUCCUAUUGACUUUCGCAAAAAACAAAUAUUAUCAUUUGGUAUGUAGCUAUGUUUAAAUGUGGCACACAUCAAUGCUUUAACUAUAGCGUAAAUUACUUCCGAAUCCCACCACCUGCUGCACUACAAACAUUUUCCAAAAUGGCUUAUCGUAGUCAGAUUCAAGGCACUGCUACACAUUUUUAUAGUACAGGCAGAUCUCAUGGAUUCCAGGCAGAAUGUACAUGCAACAUUAGCUAGCUAGCUAAUGUGUUUGUUAGCUAGCUAAUUAUUAAGUGGCCACUGCUUACUUAUAAGUAGUUCCUCCAUUUUUUACUAACCAAAGAGAUUCAACGUUGUUUCUUAGAUUUGAGAUUGAAGAUUGAGGCUUGUCAAUUCGACAACAUGAACAAGUUUUAUUCUCUUUUAGUCUGACACAGCUUUAGCUGAGAAAGCAGAAAAGCGUCGUUGUAGCAAGCGGUCAGAACUCUAUGGAUAAAUGCUAUGGAUAAACCACAGAUGUUGGCACUGCUGUAAUUAGCUUGCAUGGAUCAUUGCAUGGAUCAAGUUUCAGAGUCAGAGAUAUAUGGAAACGAUGCUAGCACAUCAUGCACAAUAUGUCACCUAACAUACAUAUUGAGAGAACAUAUCAAGAUAAACAUAUCGAGAGACACUAGCUGAACUCAAGCAGUAUCUUUUACAUGUGAUGUGAGGACAGAACUCCAUAUCUGAUAGCUGAAACUUUGGCCAGUUGGCUUUUUGUGACAUGAUGUGCUACAUUAGAAAGAUUGUUAGAAGAGGAUAAAAUAGCACUUAAGUAGCUAACUAGCUCAUUAUACCUUAAUAUUUUACGUUAGCCACCACUUUUUUGCCUAGUCAGCUAGCUUUCCAUGCAACCAAAACAUAGGACUUAGCAGCACAUUGGAGCUUUUAUUUGCUAGCCAAUGAAUUUACGAUUUGUCCAUCUCCCAGAUUGGUAGCUUGGUGCGAUACAGAGAAAUGGAAAUGAUGGGCUGGGAAUUGGCUACGAUGAAAUUUGGGGAAAACUGGCUUAAACCACUUAUGACAGAUUUGGAUUCAGAGUAGUUGGACAUUUUCUAGCACUUCAUCCAGUGUUUUAUGCAUCUGUACAUGCACAUAAAGAUUUGGCUGAAUUCUCCUGUACAAAUAGUCUAAAAAAGGAGGAAAAGGACAUUAUACGUUUCACCAAACCCCAAAUAUCAGAACAUAUGGGGAAUUCCAGCAGGUUGCCACUAAACUCAUUUGUACCAACUGAUUUUUUUUUCUACAGGACCGACCCACACGGAGAAAACAAUUAACGGAAGUUGGAUUGUUUGUUCGAGCACUGAGAACAUUUGAAAUAUGUAAUUAUUUCUUUAAAAAUGUGUAUAAACACUUGUAAAUAGGCGUUCUGUGUGUUUUUCACCCACUGCCUUCUCUCAUUCUUAGCAGAGGCUUUUUUUCCUCUCUAGACUUAUAUAUUAUAGUGAGUUGUGGAAAGACGUGUUAUUUGCUCGUAUCUAUCUCUUGGUCAGAUUUUUUGACUGAAACAUUCCUUUCAAACAUGUAACGUGUAAAUAACUGUCAUUUCUCUAUUUGUGUAAUGGAUACUAUUGUUAUAAAGAGCACAAUAAAUGUUAUUGCACUGGA